AUGCCUGUCUCCGUUGCGCACGUACGGGAUACCCGAUGUGUCAACCAAUGGUGCAGGCGAACAAAGCAGGUGGCCACAUGCACGUUCGCCCGCACCAUCGUUUGGGUUCUGGGCAUCUCGCAGACGCAGAGAGGUGUGGGUGCUUGUGUGCCUACACGUCGAUCGUCCCCGUUGGUUCUCAAGCUUUCCAGCCACGCCGGCUCGCAUCGCCCCGCAACCACCAAGGUAGAUAUCACUUCAACGCCCAAUGGCGGCAACGCUUCGGACCUUCUCCUUCUUCUCUACACAAUCACGAUGUGUAAUCUUGUUUCUCGGCUCCAAAAACAAUGA